AUAAUCCAAGAGGAUUAAAAACAAUUAUCAUUACCACUUUAUUGUUUUUUUUUCAUCAAAAUAAUUGUUGCAAUAACAAUUUUCAAUAUAAAAAUUUCAUUUCUGAAGACAAACUUUUGAAAAUGAAAUUUUACAACGUUUUAACCAUAACUAUCGGUGUCAUUUUAUUGUCCGUUUUUGAUAAUGUUCAAGCCGAUACAGUAGCUCAAGAACAAUGUCGUCAAUUACAUCACGUGGAUGUUGAUCCAUCUGGUACACAAUUUCUCAACAAUAAUUGCCGUCUCGAUUGUAAUAUUCAUGGUAAAAUUUAUAGUCACAAUAUGAAUGAAGGUCGAACUUGCAUGGUUGGCCGAACCAAUUAUGUUUGCAGAAAUGGUCAAUGUGUUGGCAAUAAUCAACAUGUUGGUCAUGUUGAUAUCGAAUUGAUUUCGGCAUCAUUAUAUGACAAAGCUAAUGCCUAUGCCAGUGUUUGUAUCAAGAAUAAUUCAAUGCCUAUAUCGCUUCCGAUACAAGAUCGACGAGAUUGUAUAACAUGUUCAACUCAGGUGCGUUCCAAUACCAACAAUCCGAUUUGGAAUGAAGUAUGCACCGGUUCCGGUAAUUAUUUAUUAGUCAGUGAUUCACGUGUCGCUAUCGAAGUCUGGAACCAUUUGGGUACUAGCAACAAUAUUUUCUUGGGUGGUGUCUCAUUAACAAUCGAUCAAUUGGUUAAUCAUGGUGAUAAUCAUCGUGCAAUUAAUCUGGCUAUGGCUGGCAAUAAACCAGGACAAUUAACUACUCGUAUUACCUGGACACAACGUAAUUGAUUCGAGAUGUCAAAAUUAAAACAGGCAUUCUCAAAAAUUUAUUUUUCUUUCAACUAAAAAAAAAGUUACAAAUAAAUCUUUUAUAAACAAAA